CCAUCCACUCCGGCUCCUGAGGUUGGAUUGUUAUUCCUGCAAAUGGCAGUUUUGGACUUGAGUAUUUUUCCCAGUUCUCACAGAUGAAAGGGAGGGUGUGAGAAAGCCAGAGAGCGAGGAGGAGAUAAAUUGCGAGCUUCCACGUUGAAUCCAUCUCAUUGAAAAGUUCCAAGCAUGGAGUACAGAGGUGUUUGUGUGCUGCUGGGAGUAUUACUACUGGUGAACUGGUCUGUGCAGCAGGCGCCACCGAGGAGGAAACCUGUGAAAAAAGAGACAACAAAGGAUGCUGCCAUUGAAGACCUGCAGAAACAGAUCAAUGACAUAGUCCAGGAGCUCAACCUACUGAAGGAGCAGCAGGCCCUGCAGACAGUUUGUUUAAAAGGCAUCAAAGUCCACGACAAGUGUUUCCUGGCCGACCCUGUGAAGAAACGUUAUCACACCGCCAGCGAGGACUGCAAUGCUCUGGGCGGCGUCCUCAGCACGCCCACAUCCAGCGACGAGAACAACCAGCUCAGAGACUACGUCCGCCAGAGCAUCGGUCCAGACGAGCAGGUCUGGCUGGGCAUCAAUGACAUGGUAACCGAGGGCGCCUGGGUGGACCACAUGGGCUCCACCAUUACAUAUAAGAACUGGGACACGUCCAACUACCGGUCCCCUCAACCAGACGGUGGAAUGUCCCAGAACUGUGGCGUCCUCUCCGCAGCUUCCAACGGGAAGUGGUUUGAUGAGGUCUGUCGUGAGGAAAAGGCCUCAGUCUGCCAGUUCAACAUCGUCUGAGCACAUUUAACUCCUGCCAUAGUUGUAGCUGCUUUGUGUUUGUACUCAUGCUGCAAUGCCACUUUCCCUCCUCUGUAAAGGGGUGUUUUUAAGCCAGUGGUUCUCAACUGGAAGCAAAUCCUGAUGUUAAAGACACAAUCAGUUGGAUAAGAAAUAGAUGACGAUGUUUUUUUAGACAGAAUUGAAUCGGUGAUAUAUGAUUUGCAGCAUUCCUUGUGGUCAAAGUCAAACCAAGAAAAUUUUGGUCAAGAAUAAGCAAGAGGUAGCAAGACAUGCAAAGGAAUCAGCAUCGUCUGCAUUUGUUUUUAUAGAAAUACACAUUUUCUCUUUAAAAGCUUCAAGAUCAUAUAUUUUUCCAACAUAUUUUAUUUGAUAAAUAAUACUAAAGGUCUGUGUAGGUGCUGGCACCUUUCACAAAUAUAUAAACUGGGUGUAAUUUUCCUAAAAUGCUGCGAAUCCACAACCCUAUAACAGAUGAGUCUGGUUGAAAACUACUGGUUUAAACGCCGACAUCUUUUUCUCAUCUACUGUAUUUUACCGACAAGACUCAAAUGACAAUGUAAAAUCUUUAAAACUUCACUCAAUCUUAAGCAUCGCUUUAAGAUAUCAUUUAAGUUUGCUUGUCUUGUAGUCUAACCCGAUGUAACCUGGAAAUGUCAUUAAUAAACUAUCAAAUCCAUCAUUUCUAUAUUAUUUAAUUUGGAAAACACUCAACACUAAAAGAGAAAAUCAUGGACAUUUAGGAAAUUUAUACUCCACUGUAUUUCACAGGAAAAUAUACUUUUUACUCUGGUGGCUUUAGUUCCUUUAGUUAAAGUUUUUCUUCCCCUUCCUGCCUGUUUUUGUUUAAGAUACACUUAAGGAUGAAUUGUUCCUUUAUGGGUUUCUUAAGAUAAACUAUUCAAAAACCCUUGGAUGAGCUGGAAAAUACAUUGAGAAAAGCUGAAAAUUUUUUCUGAGCUCACGAAAAAUUGAGUUCUCACAGGUCAGCAGCAAUGACCUUCUAAAAUAUGAUGCAUUGCUGUUAAUUAAACAACCAACAGUUUCUAAAAUAGUUCAAAUGAGCCCAAUCUUCAUCACCUACUGCAGUAAAAUGAGUCCAAAACAUCAUAUAUAAACAGUAAAACAUUGAGCUCAUUUUCUUGCACAAUAACCAACCUGAAGUGGAGGAUUUUCACAGUGUAAUGUUAGUAUUUUUUUCCUGCAGUCUAAGAUAUGAAUCCUAUUUCUACCACUGCAAAUAUACAAGCCCGGCCUCUCCUUCUUGUUGUUUUCGGCAAAACCCAUUUCUUUAUGGUAAACACUGGCUGUGCUCUGACGCUGUCUGCUUGUCCCUCCACACCCAAACAGUUUUUCCAUGGCUUGAAUUCAUGUGGUUGAAAUGUUUUUCACUGUCCAGGAUGUGAAAGGUCAGCAUCUUAGUGUAAGAGGAGAUGUCACUGCUUCACUGCACGAAGGAACCCAUUCUUAAAAAAUUUAUUCCAAUAAACUAAAAUUGUAUUUACAGAAGAAAGUUGUUUCUUC